UCCCGCCUGUGUAUCAUCGCCGGGGGCGGGAGAGGGACGAGCCUCUGUUUCUGGCCGGGCCUUUUUAGGAGCAGGACCGACAUGGCAGCCCCCAGGGCCACGGGCCGGGAGCCGAGAUGGUCGUCGCCCUGAUGGGGUGCCUUCCUUAGCAGGCGCGCCGGGGCAGCUCCCAGCCCAGCCCAGGCCGAGCCUCCGCCCCCUGCUUGCUUUCCCCGGCGGCGGCGGCGGCGGUAGCGGCGUGUACGCCGUCAUGUUCUCUAAGGCCUUUCGGGUUAAGUCCAACACGGCAGUCAAGGGGUCGGACAGGAGGAAGCUUCGGGCUGAUGUGGCAGUUGCUUUCCCUGCCUUUGGGCCAGAGCAGCUGUCGGAACUAGUGCCUGGGAAGGACGAGCUCAACAUUGUGAAGCUGUACGCUCACAAAGGAGAUGCCGUCGCUGUGUAUGUGAGUGGUGGAAACCCUGUUCUGUUUGAGCUGAAAGGAACUCUGUAUCCCACAGUGUACACCUUAUGGUCUUACCCUAAUCUUCUGCCGGUCUUCACAACAUGGCCUCCUGUGCUGGAGAAGCUGGUUGGGGGAGCAGAUUUGAUGCUGCCUGGCCUCAUGGUGCCACCUGGUGGCCUGCCUCAGGUACAGCAGGGUGACCUUUGUGCCGUCACCUUGGUCGGCAGCAGGGCUCCUGUUGCAAUUGGAGUGGCCACCAUGUCUACAGCUGAGAUGCUGGCCUCUGGACUGAAGGGGAGAGGUUUUACGGUGCUCCAUACCUACCUUGACCAUUUGUGGCAAUUUGGGGACAAAUCAUCUCCACCCACCAUUCCCCUAUUGGACCAGGAUCCUCCAGAAUGUAGGGGGAACGCUAAAGAGGAGGGGCCAGUACAGGUAGAUUCUGUUCUUCAGGGAGACAUGGACCGUCUCACCCUGCAAGGAGACGAGGAGAGCAGUGUGGCUCACAAGACACACCCUUCAGAAGCCACCGAGGAGUUGAGGGAAGCGGGAAUGGACCAGGAGCCAGCUGAUAGCAAGACUUUUCAAGAGCAAAUGGAUGAGCUGCUGCUGAGAUGUUUCUUCCAUGCCCUGAAGUGCCGGGUCACAAAGGCUGACCUCCCUUUACUCACCAGCACUUUCCUGGGUAGCCACAUGUUUUCCUGCUGCCCUGAAGGACAACAGUUGGACAUAAAGAAGUCAAGCUACAAAAAGCUCUCCAAGUUUCUGCAUCACAUGAUGAAGGAGCAGAUUGUGCAGGUGAAGGAAUUGAGCAAAGGUGUGGAGAGCAUUGUGGCUGUGGACUGGAAACACCCCAGCAUUACAUCUUUUGUUGUGCCUGAGCCCUCCCCAACUGCCCAGAGUGUCCAAGAGGAUACCAAGGAAAAGCCUUAUCACCCACCGGAGAUCGAAUCCCUUUACUGUAUCCCAGCCAACAUGAUUUCUCUCUUCCAGGUGUCUGGCCACAAGAAGGGGAGUACCCUUUCAGGCAGUGAAGUCCGUGCAAUCAUCAUUGACUAUGCAAAGAAAAACAACCUAGUUGAUGCAGACAACAAAAAUCUUGUGAAGAUGGAUCCCAUCUUGUGUGACUGCAUCUUGGAAAAAGCUGAACAAAACACAAUAUCAAGGCUUCCAUGGGAUAAACUCAUUGAAAGGUGCCUGCAGAGAUUGAAACCUGCCUAUCAAGUGACCUUUUAUGGCCAAGAGCCUACUGUGAAGAAAGGAAAAAUCUGUCCAAUUGACAUUACCUUAGCACAGAGAGCAUGCAAUAAAAAGGUCCGCCAUUUUGCUCUCUUAAGCCCUCCUACAAGCACCGCUCCGGCCCUCGCUCCUCUGCUUUCAAGGGGAGUCCCGCGCCUGCGCAUCGCCACGCGUCCAGGGUCCGAGCCGACAGCAACCGAGUCCUCGUCUCCGAAAGCGGCGAAAGCUUGUCCGGAAUUUUCUUAGAAUGGAAGCUUCCUGAAGGCAGGUGGCAGAGACAUGCACCAUCUUGUCUUGAUUCAAAAGUAAAGCAAGGUCUUGUCUCUGUUGGUUAAGAUUUACUUUACAGAUGAGAAAAAUGAGGUGACUCUCCCCAGGCCAAGCAGCACAAAAUAAAUAAAGGUCAGAUGCAAACUCUCAUGGCAGAAAGAGCUCAUCACUCUUUUCCCUGCCUCUCUGAUAUUCCAGCACUCUCAGGCUGUGGGCCUGAGGUGGAGGAAGCAUCCAGGUUGGGAAGAUGACGGCUGCACCGACGUCAAGAAGCUGCUGGGCUAACCCCAAAGAAGUGCCCACAACAGAGCCAGCCUCUGCCUUCCCUGCUUUCAGCCAGGAUGGCUGGGAAGGUCUCACCAACUUGGAUCAUACAAGGUCAUUUCCUCUUCCCACUCCCCAACCUCCUUAGAGCUGAUAAAUGUUAAGAUCUACCACUAAU